GGGCCGAGUGUCACUGUGGCGUUGUAUAUAAAACCCCAGGGACCACUAUUCCCAGGAUCUCCGCUGUUCGCUGCCCGAAAUCCGGAUCGGCGUCUGGCUCUCCCACCAUUGCUUGCCGCGCAUGUCUUGACGUCUCGUUUCUUUUUUGUUUCCCUUGUCUUCUGGUUCUCUGAGCGUUACAAUGGAAGAUGAACGAGGAACCAGAUUGCUGGUGUCAAUAUGGACUCUGUGCCUGCUGAGUCUCAUCUUGUUGUUUCUGCGUGUUUACUGCAAAUUAUGGAGAGGCAAAGGUUUAUGGCAUGAUGAUUGGUGCCUUAUCGCGGCUUGGGUGGCGCUCGCCAUUUCUGUCUCCCUCAACACAUAUCUCGUAUCUCUCGGCUUCGGACGACACGCAGCUACGAUUAGUGACGAGAACCUCAUAAUAAUAAACAAGACGACCAUUGUGGGAGCUGCUUUUGGUAUAAUGGCUACGACAAUCAGCAAGACAUCUUUCGCCAUCACGUUAUACCGAAUUGCCACCAACGCAUGGAUGAAGUACUUCCUCAUCUUUAUUAUCGUCACUAUCAACGUCUCGAUGAAUUUGGUCUGGAUUUUUGGUUUCGCCAAAUGCACGCCUCUCGAGAGGGUCUGGAAUCACAACGUGCCUGGAACUUGCUGGGACAAGUCAAAGCUUCUCACGUUCCAACUAUUCGCUGCUUAUUACUCCGCGAUUCUCGACUUUGUUCUUGCUUUACUACCUUGGGUCAUCCUGAUGCGCAUGACCAUGCGUCGACGAGAGCGACUCGGCGUUGCUGUCGCUAUGAGUUUAGGUGCUAUCGCUGGAAUUACUGGUAUAGUCAAGGCUGUACUGGUCGUCAGCAUGAAGAGUGAGGACAUCACCUAUGACCGCGUCGACCUCACGAUCUGGACCUUGACAGAGCCUGCCGCUUCCAUCAUGGCCAUCUGCAUUCCAGUUCUCCGCAUGCUGUAUCGAGAGCUCAAGUCAAGUUCACGAAGCUAUAACCGUAACAGGACCAAUACAACGCCCCGCGACGUCGACACAAGAAACACAGCCGGGGCAUCAAAUGCUCGGCAGUCAAAGCGAUAUAACCCCAACUCACGCUAUGGUCGAAAUUCGGUCGUCAUCAUGUCAGGAUGGCAAGAAUCGCAAGAGCAUCUCCAGGACGAUUCAGACGGAAGCCAAAGCCAGACUAAGAUGUCUAUGAGUUCCGGGGGCGUGAUGAAGACUGAAGAAGUUAGAGUGCACCACGAGCGUUUGAGUACAUUUAGCGAUGAAAAUUCGAUAGAGCUUAGGGGGUUGCCGCCAGCGCAAGGGAAACCCGGGCAUCAAAAUGCUGAAAGAGCGCCCUCGUUUUAGAUUAGUUUAAUCACACUAUUUUUAAUGA